UCGCCAAAUAUUUCAUAUCGCCUCUAAAUCUCGACCCUUCAUAGGCAUAGAUUAUUUAUUCUUAAUUUUAGCUUUGGUAUAAUUUCAAGUAGUUCGGUACAAAUAGUGGUUGUAUUUCAACAAACAGAAUAUUUUCAUUCUUUAGUGGGCUUUUUACAACAAACGCUUACCUCCAUCGAACACAAUCGAUCCACAAAGACGCACCCAAAAGGAAAAAAGGGGAGGGGGAAAAAUAAGAAUUUCAUAUCCUUCGUCUUAAGCUUCGUACGUUUUCUCAUCGCUCAGUUGAGAUAGAAGAUACCAAAAUGGGUACAAGAUGGAAGGGAAAGAACACGGCAUCCACUGCCAAAUCCAAUCCCAUGUCACAAAUCAUCGCCCAAUUCCAAUCCUCUCUCUCACUAUCCAAUGCACAAGCAAUGCUCUCCAACCAAACCGCACUCUUCGAAGCCACGCCAGACCUUGCAGACUUGCUCAACCGGUCAUGCUUCGGUCGUGAAAUCACCGCCCACAACAAAACCAAACGAUGGUUUCAGUUCACUCUCGAAGAGACCUUCUUCCUUAACCAAAACCUCCAUGCUCUCACCAUCGUAACCGACAAAGAUUGCAAAGUAGACAAUGUUGAAUUGUGGGAGUACAUGAAAUCCAAGAAAGCGAAAUUCCCCGAGCAAUACAAGGCUUACGAGAAUUUACGAGCGAAGAAUUGGGUAGUCAGGUCGGGGACUCAGUAUGGAGGGGAUUUUGUGGCGUAUCGACAUCAUCCAGCCCUUGUGCAUUCAGAGUUUGUGGUGAUUGUUAUGACAGAAGGUGAUGAUGAUGACGGGAGUAACGAGAGGUUGAGAGUGUGGUCGGAUUUGCAAUGUGGGCUUCGAGUAUGUGGGAGUGUGGCGAAGACGUUGUUGGUUCUUAGUGUGAAUAAGAACGGGAGUGAUUUGAGUUCGCCGUCUUGUUUGGAUAAAUUCAGUGUUGAAGAGAACGUGGUAGAGAGAUGGGUGGCUGAACAAUGCAGGGAGGAGGACUUGUCGGGUAAGGGUAAGAGAUCGGUGGUGGCAGAGCAACGAGAAGGGAAUUGCUCAGGUCAAGAAGAGGAUUGUUUAUGAAGUAUGAGUGAAAAAAUAAGUUGGUUCGACAUUGCAUUUCGUAUUUAGACUGAUUUUUGCUAUUGUUAUUUUUUCGAGUUUUUUCUUCUCAUGUGCGAGAUGUAACUUUUUAGAUUGACUAUAUGCUCUUUCGAGAUAACUGCUGCAAAUUAUAUGUCAACUGGCCAUUUCC